AUGGCGCCCGCGCAGGCAUAUGUGACCACCUAUCCCCCGCGGAUCCGCCAGUACACCAAUACCCUCCUCCAACCCGUGCUCCAGACCCAAAGUGUCGUCCCAGCCGGCCGCACCACCAAACGAGGCACCACGAUAAUUAAUUACGCCGACGAUGCCUACGAUGAGGACGACUUCGAAGACAGCGAAGGCCCCCGGCGACCGACCGGGUUGCGAUCGUUGCGACGGGAGGAGCUCGAGAAAAAGGAAUCUCCGCAUGAAAAGGUGGGAAAGGAGAUACACGAACCCGUCGAUUCGCAGCCCAUAUACCGAGACUGGAUCAUUCGGAGGACAGUCAGGCCCACGACGGAUAACCAGGCACAUAUCCAGUCACAACUCCCUCUCACCCUGAUACCCAUACGAAUCGAUCUCGAUGUGCCAUCCCACCAGCCUGAUGCGCCUUUCCCUCCGCCACGCGCGGGAGUCGAUAUCGGGGUCAACCCUUCGCUGCCACUGUUCAAGAGACCCGAGCCAUUGCCGGGGUACAAGAUACGCGAUAUCUUUUUGUGGAAUCUGCACGAGAACCUGCUGACCCCGGACGACUUUGCGCAAUGCUUUGUUCGAGAGCUGGACUUGCCGAACCAAACAAAUCUGGCGAUGAAUGUCAGUCAACAAAUACGAACGCAGCUGGAGGACUAUGCCGGUGUGGCCAUGCACCCUCUCUUCCACACCCAGCAGAAGAGAUCACAAAUGCCUGACACGAACCCGGCUCCCACACCGUCAGCAUUUGUCAACGGAAGCUCUCGUGGCGGCACACCCCGGGCACACUUGGGGGCGUCGAUAUCUCGUCCAGCCUCUACCACACCGGGCACUCCGGCCGCUUCGACGCCUCAUCCUAUUACAUUGACUAACGGCGCCUCUAUAACAGCAAUUGCUUCGCCGAUGCCGCCCGAACCACAAAUGGAGCAGCAGGAUGACGGUGAAGACCCGUAUCUCAAUCCCGACGACACCUACCGCUGUGUAAUCACGUUAUCAAUUUACCUCUCUUCGAAACUCUACCAAGACAAAUUCGAAUGGUCGUUGCUUCAUCCGCCGGGUGCUGCCGAGGCAUUCGCGAGGCAGACUUGCGCAGACAUGGGACUGGGUGGCGAAUGGGUCAUGGCCAUCACCCAUGCCAUCUACGAAGCAGUGUUGCGAUUGAAAAAGGAGGCAUGCGAAGGGGGGAUGCUCAUGAUCGGCGGAAAUCACCUCAGUGGAGAAAUCGACAAUCAAGCCGUCCGAGGCGAGGAAGGCGCUGGGUGGCGGUACGACAUUGACGAUUUUGGUGCUGAAUGGGAGCCGAAAUUCGAAGCUUUGAGCAAAGAAGAGAUUGAGAAGAGAGAGGGCGAUCGAGAAAGACAGCUGAGGAGAUUGCGGAGAGAAACUGCCAAGUUCAGCUCGACAGCUGGCAUGGUGCCCUCGGCUCGAGAACAGGAAGCCCAGCAACGAGGAAGUUACUUUGACUACACCACUAUCGGCAGCGCCGGCACGGGGGAGGAGACGCCCCUUAUGGGUCGUGGAGAACGAAGCAAGAAGAAGCGACGCUUCAGAUCACUCUCUCCCGUGGCGAAGGCACAGACCCCGGACGCGCCUGGAAGCUCUGCCGGUGCAGGAUGGGGAGGCGAAGGCAAUCGAUUACAGGAGUACGAGAGGCAGAAUUGGAGGUGCAAACAUUGUCUCAUCUGGGGCAGUGCCGUCUGGGCUGUGCGGGAUGGACCUAUGGGCCCUAGAACGCUAUGUAACAGCUGCGGCUUGAUCUACGAGCGAGACAAGAAGUUGCCCGUGUGGAAUGAAGGAUUGCAUCGGCAUACCAUGCCUCUCGGCAGGUAG